ACUGCAUCCAUUUGCAGUGCAACGUACAGUCCCGACGUGUAGCCUGCUCUCGCCAUCACAUGGUCAUAUCGGCGACCUUUAGACAAUCACCAUCUCAGGGGUGUGACGAACCAAGAUGGCUAACAAUAGGAGACACACCGCCAGGUCACUCACAAUGAGAUUCUCCAUCAUUGUCGUCGUGGCGAUGUAUGCAGUCGCUGUAGCAGCUGUGGGAGAAGAUACAAGUGUUUGUUCUCAAGCUAAUUUUUCAGCGAGGGCACAACAAAUUCCUCAAGGCCCCAAGAAGCCGACGUUGCCACCACAAUACAGAGUGCGUAUCGAGGGUAACAUCAUCGAAUCCAACUACACCCAGGACAUUCAUGAAUAUUUUGAUUCCGUCAACAACAUGGGCGCGGCCCACGAGUGGAUCAAUGGCGUCGAAACGAACAUGCUGUUCCUGUAUCCGACGGGGGAACUCAUCACAUUACAGUAUGACGGUUCAGGUGACCCUCCGAGAUGCCACGUGGACAUUCUCGACAAGAGCUCCGCAAAAACCUUAUUUGGCCUGACCCAGUACAGUAAUGGAUCGGACCACAUCUUUUCCGCUAAUCAGGCACUGCGGUUUGCUGGAGGUAUACCGGAAGUGUAUAUAGGUCGCGGGACAGCGCGAGACGGGAUCGUGGUUGAUAUGUGGGAGUCCUGCAUCUACUCGGAACCUAACAAUGCAACGCUCAAGCUGACCUGGUAUUUUAGUGCCAACAAUACGUGGGUGACAGCUGAGAAUGUAGUUGCCCCAGAGCAGGUGGACGUGGAGGGAAUUAUGCACGUCAACAGCUCUUUAUCGCUCCGCGUCCUGAGGGAGUACGUGUUUACAGACUUUCAACCAGUUGACGGCCCAGUCGCGGAUUUUGAGACUCCUCCCGGCACGUACUGCCAGAACAGAGUGUCGACCCGACCUAUGCCCAACGUCACCAACACAUUCACAUUCACAGCGGAAAUAUUUGAACCAAUGAACUACUACCUCAACUGGAUAAAGGAGUAUUACGACUGGGACCUGAACCUCGUUCGCUACGAUUACAGCGUCGACCCAGGCACCCCCAGCCCCUACGGCAACGGCAAGCUGAUAAGGGUGCACGACUUCAACACAGGCGUGGCUUACGUCAUGGACGCCAUGGUUGGCAACUGCUCCGUGACUCCCAUCAACGCCACAGGCUUCGACGCCAAGUCCCUGGACGCCGGGAAAGUUCGGAUCAGGACAGACAAGGAGUUCUUCUACUUCAGCAAUGUCCCUUAUGAAUAUGCUGGGCAGCGAGUGGUACGUGGCAUCAACUGUGACGUAUGGACCGCCCGGAGAGUCGGCUACCCCGCUGGUUACCCCAACGCCAUCAGCAUCUGGGAGUGGUACUUCGCCAGCAGCGAAUGGAUGGAGAACACGGGGAUAUCCAACUACUUCUACCUUCCCGUCAUGCUGCAGGUGACGUCACAGGCGCCUGUGAUGAACGUCAUCUACAACAUCUACGACUACAGCGAGGGCAACCCUAACAUCUGGCAGACUGACAUCUCCGCUUGCUUCAACUACACCAACAGAAAGGCCUUCCAGUUGGCCUUCCCAGGAACCUACAGUAAGGAUGUGGCCGCCAACCUUAGCAAGUUCAAAUUUGCCGUCGUUUCAUCCAUAGUUGCGCUGGGCGGCAUCUCACCCCUCAGGAUAAGCAACACACAGGUGGACUUCAGUUCCGGUGACGUCCUGGUGAGCUUCACCAUCCUGGACAAGGCCCCUAUUGCAGGGGACGCCAAUACAGGCUUCAUCGACAUCCCCCUCGCCGACGCCGUCAGCGCCAUCACCACCAGCGUUAACACUGGCCAGUUUCAGAUCCUCCUCGACCACGCAUCGUUUCCGUCUGCCCCGGGCACACUGACAGCGAAGAAGUACUCGGCCAGCUCAUGGGACGUCGUUGUCAACGAAUAUUUCGGGACUCCUUCAAAACAGGGCUACAGUGGAGGUGCAAUGGCCGGACUUGGUGUUGCCAUGGUGAUUAUUGGACUCUGUAUAGGCUUUGGUAUCCUAUUCGGCAUAUACAAGAUAAGAGGUGGUACCUUCACCAACAGCUUCUCGCCGAAAACAUUUACAGAGAAGGAGAUGGAGUGAUGGAUGCUUGGGCUUCUGUCGAACAGUUUACUUUGUGUUAGGAAUAGAAACAGUAGGCGUCCACCGUCGGUCACACGUACAUCCGGGCACACAUACAUGGGUUAGGGUGUGUUCCAUUUCAUGCGGGGACGUUAAACACUACAUAUGUCAUAAUGGUAUAGGAAAUAAAACUUAAUACUUUAUAUUUUUUUCAGACAGAAAGACCUAAAUGUUUUUUUGUUUUUUUUGUGAGAUCCAUAGAUUGCUCCAACCAAACAUAUGUUUUCUCUCUUGCAUAUAAGGAUCACAUCCCUAAUGUUUAACGAUGUUCGGGGUAAUGUAGAUACCUUGACGUCUCUGUCUCAGUGGGCGACGUGUUUAUGUACUAUAUUUAAAAAAAUAAAAAUUAUAAACAAUAAGUAGUAUACGUAUUGUUAUAUGCUCAACGGCAAAGGUAACCGAGAUCAUAAUAUUAUGCAUAGCCAUCAUUCCAAGAAGCCCCUGUCUUCAAGAUUCAGAGGCUGCAGGUGUUUUAGAAUUUCCGAAUGCAUGUACUAUUAAUCUCAUCAAUAAAGAAAAUCA